AUGCCCGGGGGCGGCACCCUGCUCCACCGGCCACCCAGCGAUGGCGCGGAUGCCAUCGACUCGUUUGCACGGGCCGAGUUCUUCCUUCACACCCUUGUCCAGUUCUGGCUUGUCGGCGAUGACUUCUCCCCGCUCCCCAUGCAGACUUGCCAUGCACUCGGCCUGCGGUUACCUUCUCGUGCUCGUGCCGACUUGAGUGAGCGGCCACCAUCACCAGGCCUGGGUGAUGCAGUGAAGCUGCUUGUCAUGUACCUCAACUGCUGUGAUGGCCGCGCAUUAGUCGAUGCACGCAUGCCAUCUCCUCAAGGAAUGCCAGUGUCCAAUGGGCUCUGCGAUGCCCAGGUUGGGUUCUGGAAUCCGUUGAUACAGAGGCCUCUGUACCGGUUUGUACUAAGGACCUUCUUAUUCUGCCCCAUCGGUGCCGUGAUAAAAAAUGCAACACAAGUCUUCUCUGUGUGGUUGGCUUACAUGGAGCCAUGGAAAGUUACCCAACAGGAGCUGGAUGGGUAUGGCAAGCAGCAAGCCGGGGAUGAGAAGGUGCCACAAACAACCAAGAUGGUGUACAAUUCAUCGUGGAGGACUUAUGUUCUGUCAAAUUACCUGUUCUACAACUCGAUGAUUGUGCAUUUCCUGGGAUUUGCGCACAAGUUUAUCCAUUCUGAUGUUGCCUCAGUGCUGCUAAUGGUACACAAGGUGUUGGAGGUCUUGAGCUCUUCCCCGGAUUUAUUAGGUCUUCUCCAUGAAGUGGACGCUGCUUGUCACUCUAGGCUAGUGGCAUCAUCCCCAGCAUCUGAUGAGGUGUUGAAGUAUGUGCCAUCAAUCCGUGAACAGCUAAAGGACUGGGAGGAUGGUUUGUCAGAAAGUGAUGCAGAUGGGUCAUUGUUGCAUGAGCAUUGGAACUCUGAUCUAAGGCAUUUCCGUUAUGAUGAGAAUGGGGCUUAUAAUCUUCUUCAGCUACUUUUGAUCCGAGCAGAGUCAGAGAUACUACGCCUUCCUGGUGACACGCAACAAGCACUCCAGACGAUGGAUUCUAUCAAGUCACAGAUGAAAACAGCCUUCCAGGGCCACAUUGAAAGAAUUAAUGGGAAUACCUCGUUGGAGAAAUUACAUAAUCAACACCAUCAGGUGCGUGGGGAGGCAUUCACACCUAAGCAUCCCAGCUUGAGGAAGGGUUCUUGGGCUGAUGUUAAAUACAAAGGUGAGUGGAUGAAAAGGCCCAUCUCAGAGACUGAAGUGGCCUGGCUUGCAAGGAUUCUGAUCCGCCUCUCUGAUUGGUUGAAUGAUGCCCUGGGGCUUGACUGUGCUGAUGCUGAAGGUAGCCCUCCUGGCGCUACCUACGUUCAGUUUGAUGGCAACGAGCUGAACACGGUGGGCGGGCCAAAGCAUGCUGCAAGAAUGGCUCUUGGUGCUGUAUGUUCAUUGAUGGUGCUAGUGGGGCAAGCGGUACUGAAGUUGAUGAGGUCGCGCAGGGUGAAGAUCAGUCUGAGAGUUUUUGCUUCGAAGAAGCUGCUCUCAGCUGCUGUUUUGCUGUAUGCAGUGGUGGCUGUGACACGGAAUGUUUCACGCUGA